AUGGAGCUGGAUGAGACCCCCGAGCCCCGCGGCAGCCCCGACGCGGCCGGGUGGGCCGAGGAUGCGCAGGACGAGCCCUCGGAGAUCCAGGGGCUGCUGGCCCAGCUCGAGACCCUCGACGCCAACCUGUGCGACCGCCCGCCCGCCCCGGAGCGGGGCCCGCCGUCCCCCUCGGGCGCCGGAGCCCGGCGGUGCCCGGGCAGGUGCCGGCCCUGCCCGCUGCACGUGGCCACGGGCCGGGGCCUGGCGACGCGUCCCUGCUGCCCCCAGCACCCGGCCUGUGCCCGGCCCUGCCACGGGCUGCUCUUCGCCGAGGCCGACCGGGAGGACUUGCUGAGCCUCCUGUGCUACGAGGGCGGGCUGCCCGAGGCCGGUGCCGAGACCCCCUUGGCCCGCUCCGAUGUUCUGGCUGGGACCAACCUGGAGAUGCUGCAGGCCCGGGAGGAAGCGGACACUGUGGAGAAGCCUGAAGGGCCGGGAAGGCCAGAGAGCUCAGAGGAAGAGCCUUCCGGCAGCUGGUGCUAUGGAGAGGGGCUUUGCGAGGUUGAUUCCACCUCUGAGGGCACUCGGGAAGGUUCCCCAGAGCCAGCGUGGGCAGCCCUGCCUCCCACUCCAGCCCCCGAGGCAGAGCAGCCACCACCUCCAGGCGCUGUGACCAACAGGGAACCCCCAUCAUCCUGCCCAGCCUUCAAAGAGGUUCCAGGCCCCUGUGACCCGGAGGAUCUGCUGGACGGUGUCAUUUUUGGGGCAAAGUACCUGGGCUCCACACAGCUGGUCUCGGAGAGGAACCCCCCGACCAGCGUCCGCAUGGCGCAGGCCCAGGAGGCCGUGGACAGGAUCAAGGCACCCGAGGGGGAGUCCCAGCCCAUGACAGAGGUGGAUCUGUUCGUCUCCACGCAGAGGAUCAAGGUGCUCACUGCGGACACGCAGGAGGCCAUGAUGGAUCACUCCCUGCAGACCAUCUCCUACAUCGCCGACAUCGGCUCCCUCGUGGUGCUCAUGGCGCGCCGGAAGCUGCCCCGGCGCUCGGAGCUGGCGGAGGAGAAGCGGCUCUACAAGAUGAUCUGCCACGUCUUCCACUCGGCUGAUGCCCAGGUCAUCGCCCAGGCCAUCGGGCAGGCGUUCGGUGUGGCCUACCAGCGCUUCCUGGAGGCCAACAGCAUCGACCCCAGCGAGCUGAGCCCGCGCCAGUACAGCCGUGCCCUCGAGGACCAGGAGCAGUACAACGCAGAGCUGACCCACUUCUCCCGGCAGGAAAACUGCAAGGAUGUCUGCAUCCGGAAGCAGAAGGGGGAGAUCCUGGGCGUCGCCAUCGUGGAGUCAGGCUGGGGCUCCAUCCUGCCCACCGUGGUCAUCGCCAACCUGAUGCACGGGGGCCCCGCGGAGCGCUCGGGGGAGCUGAGCAUCGGGGACCGCCUCAUGUCCGUCAAUGGGACCAGCCUGGUGGGGCUGCCCCUGGGCACCUGCCAGAGCAUCAUCCGGGAGCUGAAGCACCAGACCGAGGUGACACUGAACAUCGUGCACUGUCCCCCUGUCACCACGGCCGUCAUCCGACGCCCCGACUCCAAGUACCAGCUGGGCUUCUGUGUUGAGAACGGCGUGAUCUGCAGCCUGAUGCGCGGGGGCAUCGCAGAGCGCGGCGGCAUCCGCGUGGGGCACCGCAUCAUCGAGAUCAACGGGCAGAGCGUGGUGGCAACGCCCCACGAGAAGAUCAUCCAAAUCCUCACUGAGGCAGUCAGCGAGGUCCACAUCAAGACUAUGCCAGCCUCCACGUACCGCCUGCUGACGGGGCAGGAGCAGCCCGUGUUCCUCUGAGCCACUGGCCGUGCCUUGGACAGGCAGGAGCAAACCUGAAGUGGCAGGUCUGGCUCUGCCUUCUGCCCCAGCCCUGCGUCAGAGCCCUCAACAGGACCUGAUCUUGCACCUCUU